AUGGAAAAGACAAACUGUUCAGUGGUAUCUGAGUUCAUUUUGCUGGGACUUUCCAAAUCUCAGAAUCUUCAGAUUUUAUUCUUUGUGGGAUUCUCUGUGGUCUAUGGAGGGAUUGUGUUGGGAAACCUCCUCAUCUUAGUCACUGUGAUUUUUGACUCAUGCCUUCACACACCAAUGUAUUUUCUGCUUAUCAAUCUCUCAUGUAUUGAUAUGAUCCUGGCUUCUUUUGCUACCCCUAAGAUGAUUGCAGAUUUCCUCCGAGACCGGAAGACCAUCUCCUGGUGGGGAUGUUAUUCUCAGAUGUUCUUCAUGCACCUCCUAGGUGGGAGUGAGAUGAUGUUGCUUGUAGCCAUGGCAAUAGACAGAUAUGUUGCCAUAUGCAAACCCCUCCGUUACAUGACCAUCAUGAGCCCACGAGUGCUCUUUGGGCUACUGUUAUCUUCCUACGCAGUUGGAUUUGUUCACUCAUCUAGUCAAAUGGCUUUCAUGUUGAAUUUGCCCUUCUGUGGUCCCAAUGUUGUGGAUAGCUUUUUCUGUGACCUACCCCUUGUGAUUAAACUCGCCUGCAAGGACACCUAUGUACUCCAACUCCUGGUCAUUGCUGACAGUGGCCUCUUGUCCCUGGUCUGCUUCCUCCUCUUGCUUCUCUCCUACAUGGUAAUUAUUUACUCUGUUAGGCACCACACUGCCAGUGGUUCCUCUAAGGCUUUCUCCACUCUCUCAGCACACAUCACAGUAGUGACUCUGUUCUUUGCCCCUUGUGUCUUUAUCUAUGUAUGGCCCUUCAGCAGAUACUCCAUAGAUAAAAUUCUUUCUGUGUUUUAUACGAUUUUCACACCUCUCUUAAAUCCUAUUAUUUAUACAUUAAGGAAUCAAGAGGUAAAAGCAGCCAUUAGGAAGAUAAGGACUCGACAUACAAAUUCAAAGCACGCUUUGUAG